AUGGGUGAUGCGAAUGGACAAGUAGUAGCUGGUGGCAAUGGCAAAGGAAAUCGAUUGGAUCAAUUGUAUCGACCAACCGAUAUGUUGAUUGACAAAGAGACGGAUAGUCUCAUUAUUUGUGACCGGGACAAUCGACGAGUUGUACGAUGGUCUCGUCGCAAUGGUACAACACAAGGAGAAAUUCUCAUCGACAACGUCCGUUGUUUGGGAUUGGCCAUGGAUGAUCAGAGAUAUCUCUACAUCUCUGACACCGACAAAGAUGAAGUAAAACGAUAUCAAAUAGGAGACAAGAAUGGAACUCUUGUGGCUGGUGGCAACGGUAAAGGUGCUGGUCUCAAUCAACUCAACCAUCCGACCUACAUCUUUGUUGAUCAACAACAGACUGUCUACGUGUCAGACUACUACAAUAAUCAUGUAACGAAAUGGAAUAAAGGUGCAAAAGAAGGAAUUGUCGUCGCUGGAGGUCAAGGCCAAGGAAAUGCUCUGACACAGUUGUAUCAUCCUCAAGGACUGUUCGUCGAUACAUUGGGUACCAUCUAUGUGGCAGACUCGUCAAAUAAUCGAGUGAUGCGUUGGCCUAAAGGAGCGAAACAGGGCACUAUCAUCGUGGGUGGAAAUGGUUACGGAGUAGGAACAAAUCAGUUUCGCUAUCUCCGAAGUGGAUUUAUUACAACAGAAAAGAAUGAAAUAAGAUAUAUUCCUCUUUUGAAUAAAAAUUUAUUUAUAUCGACAUAUCUAUUCUAUACACAUCAAGAUCAACAAUUUGUUAUUCAUGUACAAGUAUGUAUUAAUCGAUAA